UGCUGCCACAAUACUGCACACACGUGACCUUCCUGUUUUCACCCAGUUUAACGCAUGUAGUUAAAAGACAGGCCACCACCAUGGACCAGCACAAGCACCAAUAACACAUUAUACAUGCCAGCAAGGUAAGAUCGGGACUCGGAUCGCCCACUGGACGUGGACCAUGGCGGCUGCCACGAGCAGCAGCAACACAUCCACAGCCACGCUUCAGAUCAAGCACUCGAGUGUCGAGCAUACGCGGAAACGCAUAGACCCGAGGAGGAGGCAAGCGGCGCUGUCUUUUCUCAGCAACAUUUCUUUAGAUGGUCGACCCGUGCAGAGCGAUGCGGACGAGCAAAGUGGAGAGGAGGGCUCGCUGGAGCCGAGGACUAGACACAGCCUGGUUUCCCCGGAGCGCUCGGCGUGCGGAGCCGCCGCCGCCGCCGGAGCUGCGACUGCUGCCGCGGCUGCUGCAGCCGCUGCUGCGGCGGCGGCGACCACUGCCGCACAGGCGCUCGCGUUUGCAAACCAGGCUCUCCUCACCAGCACUCGGGCCAGUUUCGGGACGGGUGCAGACGCGGACAGCGACGCUUUCGUUUCCUCGACAGUCAGCUCGCCUUUCUCCGCGAUGCCAGCCUCGAGCAGAGGGAGGCUGCAGACCUACACUCAGGGAAUCCUGCCUGCCUCCUACUCCAGACAGUCCUCCCAGAACUACUGCCCGGAGGGCGGACAGAUAGCCAACUCUGCCAUAGAGCUCCAGAGGUCCAGACGAAGACUCAUCUCUCAGCGGUCUUCGCUCGAAACGCUCGAGGACAUUGAGGAAAAUGCUCCUCUCCGCAGAUGUCGAACCUUAUCUGGUUCCCCCCGACCAAAGAGCUUUAAGAAAGUCCACUUCAUAAAGAACAUAAGGCAACAUGAUAUGCGCAAUGGAAGGAUAGUCCUUAUCAGUGGCAGAAGAUCCUUCUAUAGUGUUUUUUCUGUCCUGCCCUAUCGAGAUUGUAGCCAAGCAGGGGAUGUAAAGCUGGAAGGAGGGCGCCAGCGACAUCCAUCAGGAAGCAUCAGUGCCAAGGAGAUGGUGAUCGGGCUGGAAGGAGUGGAGUUGGGAGCAGAUGGAAAGACUGUGUCCUACACCCAGUUCCUCUAUCCCACUAAUGUGCUGGGUGGUCGAAGGAACACCAUCGACUCCACCUCUUCCUUCUCGCAAUCUCGCAAUGCCAGCCACCGCAGCCUCAGCUUGGGCCGAGCCAACAGCAACCAGAGCAGCAUAGACACAGGGAAUGAUUUGGGGGAGAUUCGCGAGUACAACCCCAAUCUGCUGGAUGACCCUCAGUGGCCUUGUGGGAAACAUAAGAGAGUCCUCAUCUUCCCCUCGUACAUGGUGAGAAAGAACUGCAUCUCACAUGUCGUCAGUGUGGACGACAACAACAACAAGAGUAGUAGCAGCAGCUGCAGCCUUGCAAUAAUGGAAAGCUUGUUUUAUCGAAACACCCUGCAGUAUCUCACCACUAGUACUUUCCCUUUUGUGCUCACUUUUCCCUCAACAACCAACAACAAUAACACACCAGAAAGAUUUAUCUGGCUCAAGUUUCUUCUUAACUAAA